AAAGCUCCAUAAUUUUUCCAUUGCGCCAGCCAUCGUAAGAUCAGACAUGGAGCUGCUAUGUUUCGAACCUAAUGAAGUCGGCCAGCCCGGGCCAGACCAUUAUUGACAUUCUACCGCUUUAAAUGAGCCCAUUCUUCAUCUUCUUCGCCGCCACUAUUAACAAUGGUCUGUUGUUCUUGCGUCACUGUUCGGGGGAAAGAUGUGAGCAAUGUCGACGAAGAUUGUACCCAUCAUUCUUCAGAUUCGCCGGGCAAGACAGGAAUAAAAUGUUGCGGAAGUACUGGAGGAACAGGAAGGGGCAAUGUGGCGCGAAGUUUCACAUUUCGCGAGCUUGCUAAUUCUACAAAGAACUUUAGGCAAUCUAAUCUAAUAGGUGAGGGUGGUUUUGGAAAGGUUUACAAAGGUCAGCUUCAAACAACGGGGCAGAUGAUUGCGGUGAAGCAACUCAAUCCGGAAGGGUUACAAGGGAACCAAGAAUUCAUUGUAGAAAUUCUCAUGUUAAGUCUUCUUCAUCAUCCAAACUUAGUCACCUUAUUUGGAUAUUGCACUGAUGGAGAUCAAAAACUACUGGUUUAUGAGUACAUGGCAAUGGGUAGCUUGGAAGACCAUCUUGAAAACGAAAGAGAGCCACUGAAUUGGAGCACAAGAAUAAAGAUUGCUGUUGGUGCAGCUCGAGGAUUGGAGUAUCUCCACUGCAAGACAAAUAGGCCGCCUAUUAUUUAUCGUGACCUUAAAUCUGCAAACAUAUUGUUGGAUGAGGAUUUCAAUGCUAAACUGUCUGAUUUCGGACUUGCUAAAUUGGGUCCUGUUGGAGAUAAAACUCAUGUUUCAACCAGAGUGAUGGGAACUUAUGGAUACUGCGCUCCAGAAUACGCGAUGAGUGGGAAAUUGACUCUUAAAUCUGAUAUAUAUAGCUUUGGUGUUGUUCUCUUGGAGCUCAUCACUGGAAGGAAGGCUAUUGACAACAAUACUAGAAGAAGCCAUGGAGAGCAAAACCUUGUGGCUUGGUCUCGUCCUUUCUUGAAGGAUAGAAAGAAGUUUGUUGAAAUUGCCGAUCCUCUGUUGCAAGGUGAAUUCCCUGUUCGUAGUUUGCACCAUAUGAUUGCUAUAGCAGCCAUGUGUCUUCAGGAGGAACCAAAAUUCCGUCCUCUAAUUAGUGAUAUUGUCGUAGCGAUCGAGUAUGUGGCUACUCAAACAAACAAACCAGGUAUGGAAAUGGAAUCAUCAUCUUCAAAUUUGAAAUAGUUGAUGCUGUUGGUAAUUAGGACUAAGGAGGAGGAGGGUGUGUAUUAGGUUAAUGUUUCAUGGAAAUGAGUUACUCUAUUCUAUUCUAUGUCUGCCCAGAGAUAUUAUUGUCUUUAACCUUCAUCUGUAUCUGAAGAUUUUUCAUCUUUCUUUUCCUCACUUUCAUGUUUUGAACACAAUGAGAAAUGAGUUUAUCAACAACUAAGUAUUUUCUAUUUUUUAAGAUGUUUAGUCUCAUUGUCAAAUUAUGGCUCUUAU